CUUCGUUGAAAACUACUGAAAGCUGGAGCGAAAACUUCAUUUCCCAGCAACCUUUGCAUAAAGAAGCAUACGUCCAGUCAACGAAAACUACAGAUCCCGACGUGCAAGAUUGGACCACAAUUCCCAGAGAGUGUCAAGCGACGCCUGCGCAGCGUUUACAGGCGCUCGGGCCAUUUAAAUGUGUGUGAGGGAGAGAGCGAAAUGGCUGCGCAGGUCGCUGCGGUACGCGCCGUGUCCCGGGGCGCGGAAGAGACGCCUUCGCUGCCACUCGGCGACCGGCCUGGUCGACCGAGGGGAGGAGGGAGGAAGCGGAAAGGUCCUCUCGGGGAUGCCGGGAGCUGCAAGAGGGCGAAGUUGAGCCAGCCCCCGCUUACGGUGAGGCCCUCUCAGGCAGAGCCGCUGCCGCCGGCCUCCGUUCCCGGCCUCUCGGCGACUCCUGCCGUGCCUUCCGCCUCCGCUGGGCUUUUCACUUUCUCCCCUCUCAGCCUGCCCCCGCAGGCCCUGCACUGCGAGCGACGACAUCACCACCGACACCGGCACCGUCCGGACAGUGGGGACUCGGAGCCUGGCCGUUCCUCUGGAGAGAAGCCCCACAAGGGUAGGCGGGGAAGCUCCGGGGACGGGGCUCUUGGGCGGCCCAGCAAGAGAGAAACCCGAGAUGAAAAUGGCAAGACAGAAAGAUCUGACAGUCUUAUUGUAAAGAAAAUAAAGAAGAAAAAGAAAAAGAAACACAGAGAAGACAUGAGAGGGAGGCAUCUGAAAGUGUACAACAAAGAAGUACAGACAGUAUGUGCUGGUCUUACCCGUAUCAGCAAAGAGACUUUGACUCCAGGGGAGAGUGAUAAUUUGGAAGAGAACAAGGAAUCUUUUAGGUAUCUAAAAGAUGAGCAGCUGUGUCAGUUGAAUGUGGGCAUGGAGGAAUAUAGGAUACCCCAGGGGGUGCAGUCUCCAUUUACUACCCACCAGGAGCAUUCUGUUCGCAACAGCUUCUUAAAAACAGGCACUAAAUUUAGUAAUUUUAUUCAUGAAGAACAUCAAUCAAAUGGAGGAGCUCUAGUUCUUCAUGCCUAUAUGGAUGAACUCUCAUUUUUGUCUCCAGUGGAGAUGGAGAGAUUUGCAGAAGAGUUUCUUGCUUUGACAUUCAGUGAAAACGAGAAAAAUGCAGCUUAUUAUGCUCUAGCGAUAGUUCAUGGGGCAGCUGCAUACUUGCCAGACUUCUUGGAUUACUUUGCUUUCAAUUUCCCUAGCACUCCAGUGAAAAUGGAAAUCCUUGGCAAAAAAGACAUUGAAACAACCACCAUUUCAAACUUUCACACUCAGGUCAGUCGAACGUACUGCUGUGGAACUUACAGAGCAGGUCCGAUGAGGCAGAUCAGUCUUGUUGGAGCAGUAGAUGAGGAAGUUGGAGAUUAUUUUCCAGAAUUUCUUGAUAUGUUAGAAGAAUCUCCAUUUCUUAGAAUGACUUUGCCUUGGGGUACUCUUUCGAGUCUCAGACUUCAGUGUAGGUCACAAAGUGAUGAUGGGCCCAUUAUGUGGGUAAGACCUGGUGAACAGAUGAUCCCAACAGCUGAUAUGCCAAAGUCACCAUUCAAAAGGCGCAGAUCUAUGAAUGAAAUAAAAAAUCUCCAAUAUCUACCUCGGACCAGUGAACCCCGUGAAGUUCUCUUUGAAGACAGAACAAGAGCGCAUGCUGAUCAUGUUGGGCAAGGGUUUGAUUGGCAGAGUACAGCUGCUGUUGGAGUUUUAAAAGCUGUGCAGUUUGGUGAAUGGAGUGACCAGCCUCGUAUAACCAAAGAUGUUGUUUGUUUUCAUGCUGAAGAUUUCACUGAUGUAGUUCAAAGACUUCAGUUGGAUCUGCAUGAACCUCCAGUAUCACAGUGUGUUCAAUGGGUUGACGAAGCUAAGCUAAACCAAAUGAGACGAGAAGGGAUUCGUUAUGCCAGAAUCCAGCUAUGUGACAAUGACAUCUACUUCAUCCCUAGAAAUGUCAUUCAUCAGUUCAAGACAGUGUCAGCUGUCUGCAGUUUAGCUUGGCAUAUAAGGCUCAAACAAUACUAUCCGGGGGCAGAGAAUUCUCAGUGUAUGGAAAACAUUUCAAAUAUGGACACGGUGAAACUGGAAGGUGAAGACCAAUGUGUACUUAUGAAAAAAGAGACUGAAGAAGAAAGAGAAGUACAGACUGUGACAGUAGCAUCACCAUCCCUGUUUUCAUCCCUGUCGUGACUUGUUCUGCAACAAGAUUAGCUGGUUUGCCCCUUCCAGCUUUUAAAACUAGAAUCAGAUCAGCAACACAAUCCACAGAAGGAUCAUAUACUCUUUGUCUGAUAUGUACAUAAUCAUACAUUUUUAAACAGCUUUUUAAAAUUUUGAUGUGAAGUUAUAGUUUUAUAACUGGGUUAUGUUUUAUUGGAGAAAACUUGCCUAUAAUUCUAUAAAGAAAGGUGACAUUCCAAAAUGUCAAGUGUAUCUUUUUUACACAGAUUAUGCAAAGUUAGAGUUGUAUUUUAUUCCCUUAGUACAGCAUGUAGUAGUGGACUACAACUUUUUGCAUUUCUUUUUUUAAGGGAUGAGGUAAAUAAUUCAACAUCUCAAUAGUUUUCCUUCAGGAAUAUCAGGUAUUUAACACUUGAUAAGUCUGAUAACUUUUCAUCUAUUUUAUCUUUAGCUUUCAGCAUAAAAGGGAUGGUUUCUAUGGCAGAUUCACAAAGUGACUCUCCCUCCCAUUCAAUUAAUGGCUUGAAUGAAAGAGAAAGCACAGCACUUUUAAUGAUCAAUGACAUUUGUAUGUGUGAGAGAGUUUGAAAGCCUGGAGGAAGCUCAAGUUACCAGCAGUGUAGAUUAAUCCUUAAUUGCUUAAGAAGACAUUCAGUAAGAAGUUGAUGUAUGAAAUUAGUUGCAGAGUGUAUGAUCUUGUUGAAAUGAAAUUACUGAUACAACUCUUUCAUGGUCCUCUGCUUUUAAUGUAUAUUGGAAUAUUUUUUUAAUAUCUUUCCGAACUGCAUAACUUAAUACACUAGUGUCUAAUGAAAGUAAUUGUUAGCAGUCUCUUUGAUGAAACUGCUGUCUUUGAGCACUUUAAGGCUUUACAAUAUUUAAACCAACUUGGUGGCUUGUUUAAUUCACAGUAGGCAUCUUAGAGGGAAACCAUCAACUCCUUCGCAUUGAGGCACUUAAUAUAAUAGGGCAGGCCUAUAUCUCCUUUAUUCUUUGAAAUUAUAUAUAACUGAUUCACAAUAAACUGUCACAUAAUCACAUAUGGAUUGCUACUUUUGCAAGUAAUUCUUGGAUUCUUUAAUGCUAUAUUGAAAGAUUAAACAGCACAUGUUAGUAUGUUCAGUAUAAUUGGCUGAUAUUAUUUAGCAUUUCUUCAAUAUUUCCCAGCAUUAAGUAGAUUCAGCUUUUAUUCAUUAUAUACAGAACAAUGUUUGUUUUGGAUAGUAUAAUGAAAUUGGCCCCCUCAUAUGUAGGAUCUGAACUUUAUCACGAUUUAAUCAAAUUUAUUUGUAUUUUUAAAUCUGUUUUUUUUUAAUGUAGAAGAGAGAAUGGGAGUGCUACACUAAUGCAAGUCAAGAAAGCAGUUGUGGGGAAAAUGCAAAUAUUCGUAUGUUUGUAAUAGCAAUUACUUUGUGCAAUAUUGUUUUGUGUAGAUUAUAAGCAUAUUAGCACCUCAGUAUAGAGGACACAGUUUUAAACAAAUAGCAAAAUAAUCAGAAAUCUUUGCAGUAUUUAGAUAGAACUUGUAUUACUCCUGAUAUAUACAUGUUUAUGUAUCGACUUUGGUGCAGUCCUGAAGACAAGUAGACAAUUUUCAACAAAUUGAAUUUCCAUACUGAAGUGGUAGAGACGUUCUAAGUAAUCUGUGUAAAUAAGGUGUUUAGGUUGAAACCUUUUUACAAAAGGUAGUUCUUAUACAGGAGUGUAGCUUUUAAUGAAAAAUUCUAGAUUGACCAAUACUGGUUCAGAAAACCUCUGUGUACUCUGGCUUUUUACAUUUUUUUACAGUUAUUCAGAAGAAUUUUCAAAAGCUGUAGCUGGCUGUCUGAAGUAAAAUUCUUCAUAGACAAUAUGGGCUUCAGUAAUUUUUAUGUUUCACCAAUUCCAUAUUUUUGCAUUUUUCUUCCACUAAUUUUCCUUGUCUUCCAAACAUUAAUUUCCCACAGUUAACGUUAUGUAAAUAACAAAUACAACUCCAGACUUGUCACUUGGAUAUUUCAACUGCAUUGAAUUGCACUGCUUACUGUAUGAUCACUCAGGAGUUGGAUUUAAAAAAUAAUUCAAUGAAAAACUGUUUAUUACUACACUUACCCUGUUUUGAAAAAUAUAUUUGAAAAUUGUUUCAAAUUCUACAAUCUAGUAAUGGACAUUAGAAAAAGACAUCAGAGUAAGAUUAAAAUAUUAGUUGGAAUCUAAACUUGCUUCCUUGAGAGCAGAAUGAGGCUUUUCUAUUGGCAGAGAGAACCAGGAUUCAGAGAAUGCUUUCAGCUAGAGGAAAAAAAGUUUCCUAAUUCUCCAGAGCACUUCUUCAUUAGGAGUUGGAGGAAAAGUAUUGGCAAAAAUUACCAAUAUCCAUUUUUUUUUCAGUGUGCACUCCAUCGUGCAUAGUGCUGGAUCCAGUUCAAUAACCUUAAAGGGUUUUUUGUGUGCAUCACAUUACAGCAACAGGCUUACAAGAGAAGCCUUUUUUAUGUGAAAUGUGAUGUGACGCAAGUUUUCUGUCAAAAUUUUAUGGUAUUAUAUAUAAAUGUAUUCAUCAACUUACAUUUCAACCAUCAAAUAUAUUUUCUGUCACCUAUUUUGAUUUAAUAAUACACAUAGUCUUUACUGCAAUUACUUUGGCCACAUCUUUACAAUAGUUAAAAAGUAUGAAUUGUCAUUAUUACUGCAUUCCCUAGCAAAUACCAAAGAAGUCUGGGCAUAAAUUUUGGUGUAUCUGCCAGGACCCUGCUUAUUUCUCUUUAUGCCUGUAGCUCACCUCAUACUGCUAGACUGUUUUUUCUAGAAACUCCUCAGAAUUUUAGCUUUUUCAGGACUAGGAAGAAGGCUCAGUCAGAAAGCCUGAGUGCCUACAUCUCACUUUGGCUCAGUGGUUAAGAUUCUUAUAGGAACAGUUGAAAAAAAGCACUACAACUAAUGUACUAAUCCAUAUAUAUGGAUCCAUAUAUAUUCUAGAGUAAGAAAGACCAAUACAAAUACUUGAGUGAAAAAUAAUCAAAUGGACCUGAAAAAGAGAGUGGCAGAAUGAUUUGUCUUAAUGAUUUUGUUUGAGAACAUGAUAUUUACUCUUGGAGUAGAAAAGAGAUGAUAAUGUCUCAGGAAGAUGUUGGGAGUGAUUUGUGCUGAUGUGAUGAAUUCAAAAAAUGAUUAUCUUGCCAGCGUAAUUGAUACUUUUAAUGCCUAGUUGCUUUGCAAAGAGAUUUCAUUUAAACCUGUCAGGAAAUCUUAUUUUAUAAAUUGCAAAAUAUGUGGACAUUAUAUAGUUACAAAAUCAAAUGAAGAGUAAAGGCAGAAAAAUCUUUACAUUUGUUUUAGUAGAAGUAGUGGACAAUUUGGGAAGUUAUUCAUUUCUAAUCUAUAUAAUUUUGAAUACUAGUUAAGCAUUCAUUAUAUUCUUUUAAAUGCCAUUAGCAGAUCCACAAAGGUGGUUCUUAUUUAAACAUAUUGAGCAGCUCUAAGUUGGAAGCUGGAAAAUUUCUUUUGUUUUACUAAAAAUCCGUUUCUUUUUAAAUAUCAAUGAAAAAUAGUAUGUAUUCAAGAAAGGUUGUAUUGGGCUAUUGAUUCAUUUAGCAAAUCAAUAAAAGCAAAAUUAACAUUAAGUGGACUAAAUAUUUCACAUUCCCCCUCACAUAUUUCUGAACAUGAAGUAAUGUGUAAAUAAUUGACAUGUUCUCUUCCAUGAAGAUGGAACAUAUGGAGGUUUCAUGUGAAAUUAAGGAAUACUUCCAUUACAGAUUUUACCAUAUAAUAAAAGGGCUCGUUAGCUGUUUUCCUAUUUUUGAGGGCAUAACAUUUGUCCAGAGACAAGAAAGUUUAUAGUCAGAGCCCCAAGAUGCAUAUAACUUUUUUUUCCUCUCAUGCUGCCAUUCAUAUGCUUGAAUUUAUUCUGGGUGGUGAAUUAUCUUCACUUGUGGCACAAUCCAACCAAAGUUAAGCACCUAUAAGUCCCAUUUAUUUUGAAUGGGAGAUAAGCAGAUGCUAAUUCUCCAUUGAAAUUGGUGGAACUUUAAAUGUGUUUACUAUUGGUGGGAUAGCACUCUUAUUUCCUUAUAAAUGCUAUUUAUAGCCAUAUUGGUUGUGUUUGAAGGUUGCUAUGAAUAAGGAUAUUUAUCCUUCAGCUCCGAGCAUUUUUGUAAUGUGGAUAAACUAUAUGUUGGUCCAAUAAACAAAUUUCCAAUAAUGUUAUGGCCUUCCAUUGAUAUACAUAAUAUUUUUAGGACCCAACAGCACAUGUAGUUGAUAAGGGGCUUCUCUUAAUCUAGCACUUUCAAUUCUGUCUAAGCAAAUAUCUUUACAUGUUGUAUAAAAUAGAAUUGUGUAGUGUUUUGUGAUUAAAUUCAGUUUUGAUUGGCAGCUAAGAUAUUUUUCUGUGGUUUUAAUAAUCUAAGGUCUUUGCAUAUAAAGGAUAUGUACAAUUGCCUGGAAGACUGUUUUUGUUUUUUGUUUUUUGCUUUGUGUGGCCUUAGUAUAUUUAUUGACAUUUUAGCAAGUGUUUUAAAGAAGUUUUUAUAAUAGUGUAAACUGAUGGGAAAAUUUUAACCCUCUCUGUGAAUAAUCCUUUGACACAGUGCAUUUCUUUUGGUAGGUGACUGUACAAGCGUAUCACUGUCAAAGCUAUUUGUUUUUAAAAAAGUACAAUGGAAUGCAUAGAAUUUUUCCCCUGUAAAGUAUUUUUUUAAUAAACAGAAGUCUGAUUUGUGCUUAAUUAAAA